UCAAUAUUUUAGCAGAUGGAGAAGGCAUUGAGUUUGGAGAUAGAUGACUUUUCGAAGAAGAACAAUGGGAUAAAGUCCGAUAACUUCUCAAGUGGUGGCUGCGAAUGGUUUGUUAAGGUGUAUCCCAAGGGAUACCGUUGCUCUGAUCACUUGUCUCUGUUCCUACACGUUGUGAAUCCUGAAUCAUUGAGACGUGGAUGGAAAAGGAGAGCUAUUUAUUGCUUCGUUUUAUCGAAUCAAUCCGGCCAAGUUCUAUACAGAUCACCAAAUGAAAGCAAGUGCGAUUUGUUCUGCGCUGAGGUCCCAAACUGGGGUUGCCAGAAGACGUUGCCUCUUACCGAGCUAGGGUUCCUGGAAAAGAACAAACUAACCGUUGAAGUCUACAUCAAAGUAGUUGAAGUUGUUCAUCAAGGAAAAUCAACCGAGAAUGAUAUUAUAGAUUUUAAUGGUUUCCAAAUCAUUGCUUCUCAAGCUUUUUCAGUGGCCAAUAUUGUCUCACAGGACCCAUACUUUGUAGUAGAUUUCAGACCGGAGAACCAAUGGGUCCAAACAAAGUAUAUGUAUCUCCUUGGCCUUGUCGAGACACUGAGCAAGUCUCCACAGAGCUUGUCUGCGACUGAACUAAGCAAUGCUCAAAGAGAUUUGACUGCACUGACUGAAGCAGGCUUCAAGCUCGACUGGUUAAAUUCAAAGCUUGAGGAGGUUUCCUUGGAGUGGAAGAAAGCAUCACAUUCUGAUGGAUCUUCUGUCCAACAACUCAAGGAACAGGUCAAGAAUGUGGAAUUGUCUUUGUCGGAUCUCAUUGUUGAACUGGAGAAUGUGAAGAUUAAAUCUGCUGCUGCUGCCAAAGUUUCUUCGUUUCAGUUUAUAGAUUUUCUUAUUAAGAAAUUCUUUCUCUCUUGCUUCUCAUUCUCAAAAUCCUAGCUGAUCUAUGUUUUAUAGAUAUAGCUUUCAGGAGUUUCCAUCUAAACAAAAAUAAUUGGUCAAUGCGUUAUGAUCCCAUUAACAUUGAGGAUGAUUAUAUGUUUGAGCUCUUAUCAAGCUAGUUUAAAUUCUUAUUCUUUUUCAUUAUCUGUUCUGAUCACUUUUUGUUACAUAGUAUAAUAACCAUUAAGCAAUUCAUUCUCUUUACUUUUUUUUCCCUGAAAUUCAGUAUCCGUUUGGUGGUCCUCUCUUGCUAUUGUGUAGACAAUGGUGGAAUUUUUUUUAAGUAUAGUUACUUAGUCCAGCUUUCUCUUUUUUUUUUUGAAUAAAAGUCCAGCUUUCUCAUACUUCGACUUGGGGGUUUUGAUGGAAAUUUGAUGAUUAUAUGAAGAAACUUAGUCUUAUGAUGUUUAACCUCUUGAGCACUGUAUAUAUAUAUGUAUGGUGUUAUCAUAUAAAUAGAGAUGUUCAUGAAUCACAAUACCAUUAUUAUCUAUAUAUAUAUAUAUAUAUAUAUAUAUCUUUAUAUAUAAAAGAGAGUUUGAUCUCUCCUGGUGAAGCCACCUCAGCAUCCAGGUCACAAAUUCGUGCUCUGUCGUGCUGACACGUGUCGCCUUCCCUCUCAACGCAGCGUUUCAUUAAUGUAUGGCGUCAUGGGCUUUCCGUUUAUUGUAUGUUACUGGUCUUGGAAUCGUGCAAACAUCCGGCCUGGAAAGUGAAAACAGAAAUACUCUCCCCCUAACCCUAAUACGGCUUAAAAUAACCCACGAAGAUCGUCUCUCAUCUUCAUGCGGCCGCGGUGACGUUUGCGCUUACUGUAACAGACUUCUUUAUGGAUUCCUCUUUAAUCCUGUUGAUUUAUUCUCCCAUGAUGUGUCUUCGAUGCGUUGAUUAGGUCUGAAAGGCGGUGUGUUUUCAGCAUAAAUAUGUGAGCAAUCCUCAUCUGGGACUCAUCUUCUCUUUCAAUUCUCUGAAAGUAUCUCAGGUUAAGCGAGGCGGCGAGGGUCGACACACUCCUCAUGUACGCCAAGGGUUGACAUCGCCAUUAACGAUCGUCUAACUCUUCGACCCACUCCAGCCACGAUUCCCCAUUCAAUGCGUUGUCCCUUUCUACAAGGCGGUAGAUCUCCAGCUAUAAGAAGAUAUGUGUUGUUGAUGAGACCGACCGACGAAGCUGUUUUGAUUACCAGUAUCCAGUUUCAAAGGUCUCGGUUACACUAGAACAAGAAGUUCUCACAACGCUUACACAAAUACAUCGAUUUGUGAGAAUAAUCUUACGUCCCAAGUUUUUCAAAACUAUAAACUGAUUCUUCCAAUGGCGUUCCCACGAGAACAAGCCAAGAAAGAUGACUCUGUUAGUUAAAUACUUGGCAAGUUUCUAUCGAAUUUUCUUAUUCAUUUUUUGUUUAAUUCGUGAGUUGUUUUAAAUUCAAUUUUCUUACUUCAUUUUGAUUGCGUAGAUUGUAAAUUAAAAAACAAGCAAGAUAGGAUACUCGGGGAGGUCAGGAAUGAGAAAGUUGAGCAAUGAUUAAGAGAUGGAUGAGAUUGGGAUUGGGGUUUCAGGGUUGAAUUAUGAGUCUGAUGAGUUGAACAAGAGCAGUAAGACUACUAAGAGUGUUCAAAAUGGAGGAGGUAAUGUAAGAAGAGAAUGCCUGCUAAGAAUCUGAUGGCUGAGAAGAGGAGGAGGUGGGUGAUAGGCUUUAUAUGCUUAGAUCAGUUGGCCCCAAGAUCAGCAAAAUAACAAUUACUUCUCUCUGAUCUCCUCAAGGGCUUCGUCUUCAUCAUUUACUUAUCACCGUUAGAGUUCGAUAGAUUAUGUGUUGUGUUUGUUGCGAUGGAAUUUCAUUAACAACCACAUACAUUAUGCAUUAAACCUCAGACUUCGGUUCGUGUCAAUUUCAAAGAUACCACAUGCAGCUGUUUAUUAGCUUUUCAAAAAAUUUUAUUCACAUACCCA